AUGUGGCAUGAAGAGGAUCUUCAUAAAGCUUUUAAUGCAGCGGUUAUUGAUCUCAAAAAUUAUUAUUGUUUUUCUUGCGAUGAUGUGUUCACAUUGGCAAAUUGGAAUUGGCAGAAUUGGCAAAUACCGCACCACGGCCAAAGGUUAAUCACUCGGAAGCUGUCAAGAAUCACUACAAUGCAACGAUGCGCUGAAUCAGUGAAGACAUUCUCUAUCAAUAAUCCAUCAUGGAAUCAUCUGGUGCGCGGAUUUUAUAUGUGGAUUGUUCAGCGCUUGAGUUCAAAACCGCGCUCAUUGGUUUCCUACGAACAAUUGUGCUUGCUAUUUGAUCGCCCAAAGCAGAGCUUAUAG